AUCUCCAUCUUCUUUCCUUUAUCCAAUUCUUUUCACUUCAAUAUCCCUGCAGUUUUUAACUUUGGUGAUUCAAAUUCUGACACCGGCGAGCUAAUCGCUGCUGGCAUUGAAAGCCUUCAACCUCCUAAUGGGCAGAGUUAUUUUGGAAGACCAUCUGGCAGAUACUGCGAUGGCCGUCUCAUUGUAGAUUUUCUCAUGGAUGCAAUGGAUUUGCCGUUUCUAAAUGCCUACCUGGAUUCAAUUGGCGCACCAAGUUUUCGCAAAGGGUGCAAUUUUGCUGCUGCAGCGUCCAAAAUACUUCCAGCAACUGCAGAUUCUAUCAGUCCAUUUUCCAUAGGAGUUCAGGUUGAUCAGUUUCUCCGAUUCAAAUCUCGAGUUCUUGAAUUGCAAGCCCAAGGAAAGAAAUAUGCCAAGUACAUCCCAGCAAAGGAUUAUUUUGGGAAGGCAUUAUACAUGUUUGAUAUUGGGCAGAAUGAUCUUGCUGGUGCAUUUUAUUCUAAAACAUUUGACCAAAUAGUUGCCCAAAUUCCAACAAUCUUGGCAGAAUUUGAAGCUGCAAUAAAGACAUUGCAUGAUCAAGAGGCCAGGAAUUUUUGGAUACAUAACACAGGACCUCUUGGUUGCUUGGCUCAAAAUGUAGCCAAGUUUGGAACAGAUCCAUCGAAGCUUGAUGAGCAAGGAUGCGUGAGCGGGCAUAAUGAAGCUGCUAAACUUUUCAAUCUACAGCUUCAUGCCCUCUGCAAAAAAUUGCAGGGCCAGUAUAAAGAUUCACACAUCACAUAUGUAGAUAUUUUCACCAUAAAAUACAACCUGAUUGCAAAUUAUUCCAGAUAUGGAUUUGAUCAGCCUAUAAUGGCUUGCUGUGGUUAUGGAGGUCCGCCAUUGAAUUAUGACAGCCGGAUUGCAUGUGGGAAAACAAAGGACCUGAAUGGAACCACAGUAACAGCCAAAGCAUGCAGUGAUAGUUCUGAAUAUGUGAACUGGGAUGGAAUUCAUUACACAGAGGCUGCAAAUCAGUAUGUUGCAUCACAAAUACUUACCGGAAAGUACUCCGACCCACCCUUCUCAGACAAAAUGCCUUUUCUUCUCAGUCUCAAAUUCUGAAGACCUAAUAUGUUUUCGUUCUCCUCAUUUCUAACUUAUUGCAACAAUUAACAAUGUUAUAAUAAGUACUGAUAGUGCUAUUAUUCGUACAUGGAAGCAAGCACUAUAGAGAUUGCACUCUUUCAUUUCUUUACUCUUAAGUGUGGGUGGACAUGAGAUGCAACGAUUUUCAUUCUUUGAUAAGUUGAGAUAUCAUCUCGAACAUAAACCCAUGUGCUCCCU